AUGGAGGACGAGGAGAAUAAGGAAGAAAUUGUUGAGCGGUUGGAGGAAGGAAAGGCCAAGACAAGAAAAGGAAAUUUAAUUUUAAAAAAACGAAAGGGAGCGUUACACGAGUCUUCAAAAAGUUGCCUAUUCAUAUGCAGCAACAAGAGGACGGAGGAAUUAAAAAGCUUCAUGCAAGAUUUGUACAAUUUACACAAACCCUUCACAUGCUACAUGCCGAAACUACACCCCCACUUGGCAGACAUACAAACGAAACUAAAUGAGCUGGUCGACUUAUGUGUACACAAUAGCUGCUCCUUUUUUUUAUCAGUUUUCUCCACGAAGAAAAAACCUUCCAGAUUUAUUAUUGGAAGACUGUAUAACAACAAGCUGUUUGACUUUUAUGUCUUUACUCUCCUCUCGUACAUACCGAUGAAGAUUUUUCCGCAUGCAAAGGACGUCCUGUGUGACACCAAGCCGAUUGUCCUCAUUCAGGGAUCCUAUUUUGAACAAACGGACGUUACAAAAAAUUUAAGAAAUGUCCUGUUUGACUUCUUCAAGCAUAGGAACGUGGACUCCGUGAGCAGCUCCUCUGUGCAACGCCUCAUCGUCAUUAGCGCAUUGAGUGAUGGAAGCAGCGAGAAUCAGGUGCUCUCCUUCCGCCAAUACCUACUAAAGAAGGAGCACUUCCUUCACCCACACACUAGUGAUCCUCUUCCCCUGGAGGAAGUUGGCCCACGCUUCAAUUUCGUUAUGGACAACUCACAGACUGCAAACUACCACCUGUUCGAAGAGGCAACCAAGAACGUGGAACAACAGUUAAAGAAAAAAAGCAAAAAAAAAAAAUUAAGGAAUGUUCAAGUGGACGAGUUUGGAAACACCAUCAAGCGCGUCUACGUGCAAAAGCAGAGCUUUGGCAAGCUGCAUACCAAGCACACCAAGCUGAACAAUCGAGUGAAGAAAGCGGGCCGCAAUAUGCACACAGGUGGAGGGAAAAAUGCAGGAGACACAUCCCAAGCUUUUUAA